AUGGACCGCAGCUGCAUCAUCCGACGUCACCCCGCGCCGAACAAUCCCCCAGCUACUCCUACGGUAGUGAGCUACAGUACUCUACCCGCCCAGCUCACACAGAGCCCACCGGACCCGCCACCCGGCUCGACGAAGCACCGACGCACAUGCACCGACGCACAUGCCCCUCGCACCACCACCCACCCACCCAAAAACAGCCCACGCAGGCCACACAAGACCACCCCCUCGUCCGUCCGUCCGUCCGUCCGUCCGUAUUAUCCGCGCACGGCUUCGAAAGUACAAAGCCCAGCCAGCACGACGCCCCGCGCGCGCGCACAGCCCGCUUCUCGAAGAAGAGACCCCACAGCCCUCCGCGCGCCCGUGCCUCUCCUUCUCCCCCGUCCCGUCCCCGUCCCCGUCCCCGUCCUUCGACAUACGUUCUCGCGCGCCGCGCCGCGCCGCUCCCGACCGCGCACGAGUCCCCAUGACCCGCGCGUGCUCGGGCGACCUAUUUAUCGCACACGCCUCGAACGAGCGAGCGCGGCGCCGAUGCCAGCACGAGCACGCGGCCCUCGCGCGCGCACGAGCACGGGCCACGCUUCCAGCCCCCAGGAGUCCAGAACCGCGAUAAUAAAAGACGGUAAUAGACGUCCUCCCCGUCUCUGUCGCCCUCCACCACCACGCGCGCGUCCAGACCGUACACAGUACGUACGCGCAUCUCGUGCGCUCGUAGACCCAGACCCAGACCUAGACUUAGACCCAGAUAUAUAUACAUACAUAUACAUACAUAUGCGUAUACAUACGCAGCGACUCCGCGUGCCGUACCCACGUCCCGCGGCGACGGGUUCUGCGAGCCAGGUCGCAUGA